UCGGACGCUAAGUGCUCAAAUGUUGACUAGACUCAUUCUGUUAGUCCUGCUGAUAGCUAGAAGUUCUCAACAGCAAGAUGAAUUACCGGUUUGGGAGUCUCACACCAGAUGCAGCAUUCCGAACGAAUCCUCGGAUGGGAUUUGUGUGUCACCAAGCGAAUGCCACGCCUACCAGCAGAUAAGUAACCCUUCCGAAGUGCUCUCUGUCGGCCGAGUAAGCUUCAUCAGCGCGCUGCAGUGCUCAUCUGAUAACCAAACUUUAAUCUGCUGCCCACAAGGUCACAGUUAUAAACUUCCGCAGCUUUCUGCGGUCAAUGUCAAACAGCGCGAUCGUAAUAACUCGCUAGAUGUAGACACUCGCUUCGGAAAUGAUGACGAUUGUGGUAUUCAGACGUUUGUGCCGAAAAUCUUAGGGUCGAUAACCGCAAUUGAUGAGUUCCCAUGGGCAGCACUUUUAUUCUAUCGAAACGGUCUUCAAGGGUGCGGUGCCGUUGUUAUCGGACGGUCCCACGUUCUAACAGCCGCUCACUGCGUUACAGGAAAAAGUUACGACCGUUACGGACCACUCCAAUUCGUUCGAUUGCGGGAGUACAAUAUCCACUCCGAUCCGGACUGUAUGAUUGAAUACGAAAGAGGAAGUGCAGUGAGGGAUUGCGCUGAGAGAAAAAUCGACGCCCGUCCUCUUGCGAUCAUAAUUCAUCCGGAUUACGUAUCGCAUAGUGACCAACAGCACCACGAUAUUGCGUUGAUCAAGAUCGAUCGUAUCGCGGAGUAUACCGACUUUCUACGACCGAUCUGUUUGCCAGAGCGAGGCUUCAACACCGGCCUACAAUCCGGGAAGACGCUUAAUGUUUGUGGCUGGGGGAAAACGAAUUUUUUUGGUGGCAAAACAAACAGUCCAAUUAAGAUGAAGUCCCUCCUGCCGUUCGUAGAUCCAAAUAACUGUCGUGAAGCAUAUAGAUCUCAGCAAAUUUCUCUGAGUCAAGGACAGAUUUGUGCCGGCGGUAGAAAAGGUCAUGAUUCCUGCGCAGGAGACAGCGGGUCGCCGUUAAUGUUCUACGACAGCAAUCGACAGCAGUGGGUUCUGGCGGGAAUCGUAAGCCGUGGAGCCAUGGAGUGUGGCACAGCCGACCGACCCGGGAUCUACACCAACGUUAGGGAAUAUCUCCCAUGGAUCAAAAGACACACAAACUAGAUUAGUUUUUCCAACCUAAUUGCAUCAUUUUAUUAAACUUGU